AUGAUUUGGGGCAAAUCGGGGAAAGGAUGUGUCCGAAGGGUCACGGACGAAGACAUACAGAACCUUGUCAUCGAGAUCAAAGCAAAACAUUUCUGCACGGCUUACAUAUCCCUUCCGAGAGAUCCAAGGACAGUCAUCGGCAUUCGCCUGCCAUACCUGACACUCGUCGUGAAGUACCUAAAACUUCCGUUUUGCUUCGAGUUUGAGAUGAUGGACAGCUCAAAUAUGAAAAGGCGGUUCCGUGCUAGCAACUGUCAGACAUCAACAACCAUAAAUCCGCUUCUGUGUCAUAUGCCCCUCGCUUUGGACGAUGGAUGGAAUAAGAUCCAAAUAGAUCUUCCUGCUUUUACAAGACAAGCAUACAACACAGACUUUGUAGAGUUUCUGGCGAUUCACAUCUACGCGAAUUGCAGAAUUCGCCGUGUCUACUUUUCGGAUCGGUGGUACUCUGAGGAGGAACUUCCAGCUGAGUACAGGAUGUGGAAGCCAAGUAAGAAGACGAAGUCCAGACUGGCUAAAGUAUAA